AUGAGCGCCCUUCGACUGUCUCGUGCUGCGCUCCGCGUCAGAUCGGCCGCUGCUUUCAACCCAAUCCAACGCAGAGGCUAUGCUGAAGCAGUCUCGGACAAAAUAAAGCUUUCCCUUGCUCUUCCGCACCAGGCAAUCUACAAAUCGCAAGAUGUCGUGCAAGUGAAUGUCCCCGCUGAAUCCGGCGAGAUGGGUAUUCUCGCGCAACACGUUCCCUCCAUUGAACAGUUGAAGCCUGGUUUGGUGGAAAUCAUCGAAGAGAACGGUGGAAACAAGCAAUUCUUCCUGUCCGGAGGAUUUGCCGUUGUCCAGCCCAACUCUCACUUGACCAUAAACGCCGUUGAGGGAUUCCCUUUGGAGGACUUCAGCGAAGAGGCUGUCAGAUCGCAAAUCGCCGAAGCUCAGAAGAUCGCCAAUGGAAACGGAAGCGAGCAGGACAUUGCUGAGGCCAAGAUUGAGCUUGAGGUUUUGGAAUCUUUACAGGCGGCACUGAAAUAA